CUCACUCAUUAGGCAGUACUAAUUACUUACUGCUCAACCUCUGUCUGUGUCUGGCUAUCCUCUCUGCAGCCAAAAUGGCGGACAAGUUUUUUAUUUUCUCCAUUUUCGCUGCCUUCGCUCUCUCUCUUUCUCCUUUUGUUUUCUCCAGGGAGUUAUCGCUGGACACUGAUUCUCACAGCUCUGUGCUGGAUGUUUCGGGUUCUAUUCGGAAGACUCUGGACGUGCUAUCUCACAAGAGCAGUGUCUCGAAACCCUCUGACCAGAGAGAUGAGAAGACCACGUCGUUUUCGCCUACUUCUCUGGCUUCGUCUUUCUCUCUGGAGCUUCACCCGAGGGAGCUUCUUCAUGGAGGCUCGCAUGAGGACUACAGGGCUUUGAUGCUUUCGCGACUCGCUCGUGACUCAGCCCGGGUCAAGGCCAUCAAUACUAAGCUCCAACUCGCUGUAUCCGGCACCGACAAGUCCGAUCUCGUGCCGAUGGACACGGAGAUACUCCAUCCACAGGAUUUCUCGACUCCGGUCACCUCCGGUACGAGUCAGGGCAGCGGCGAGUACUUUUUGAGAGUUGGAAUUGGCCAGCCUUCGAAAACGUUCUACAUGGUUAUCGACACCGGCAGCGACGUCAACUGGCUUCAGUGCAAGCCUUGCGACGACUGCUACCAGCAAGUCGAUCCGAUUUUCGAUCCGGCUUCAUCGUCCUCGUUCUCACGUCUCGGAUGCCAAACUCCACAAUGCCGGAAUCUCGAUGUGUUCGCGUGUCGGAAUGAUUCGUGUCUCUACCAGGUCUCCUACGGCGACGGAUCGUACACCGUCGGCGACUUCGCCACUGAAACGGUGUCGUUUGGGAACUCUGGAUCUGUGGAUAAGGUGGCCAUCGGAUGCGGUCACGACAAUGAGGGCUUGUUUGUCGGUGCGGCUGGCUUGAUAGGACUUGGCGGCGGCCCACUCUCGCUCACUUCUCAGAUCAAAGCCUCCUCGUUCUCUUACUGCCUCGUCAACCGCGACUCCGUCGACUCGUCGACUCUCGAAUUCAACUCUGCCAAGCCAAGUGACUCCGUAACCGCGCCGAUUUUCAAAAACAGCAAAGUGGACACGUUCUACUACGUCGGCAUCACAGGGAUGAGCGUCGGCGGUGAGAAGCUCGCCAUCCCGGCCUCCAUCUUCGAGGUCGACGGGAGUGGCAAAGGAGGAAUCAUCGUAGACUGCGGCACCGCUGUGACUCGAUUGCAGACUCAGGCCUACAACGCGCUCCGAGACACGUUCGUGAAGCUCACCAAGGACCUGCCAUCGACGAGCGGCUUCGCCUUGUUCGACACCUGUUACAAUCUCUCCUCGCGAACCAGCGUUCGUGUCCCAACGGUGGCGUUUCUGUUCGACGGAGGAAAGUCCCUGCCCUUGCCGCCGAGCAACUACCUGAUUCCCGUAGACUCGGCCGGAACAUUCUGUUUGGCGUUUGCUCCAACGACGGCUUCUCUGUCCAUCAUCGGGAACGUACAGCAGCAGGGGACACGUGUCACGUACGAUUUGGCCAACUCGCAAGUUUCCUUCUCCUCGCAUCAAUGUUAGUAGGUUCGAUGUGAAAUUACGAAACUAUCUCCGAAAUAAGUUAAAAAAAUUACGACAUAGGAAAGGCGAUUUUCACUUGGUUCCGUAGAAAAAUAGUGGGUGGGAAGUGGGAGGCCAUCUAAAUAAAUGUAAAGUAGCUUUAGUGGGUGUGGCCGUGUGGGCCAUUGACUCAUAAUUAUUCGUUAUUAUAGGCUGUUGUCCCAGUCGGUGGCAUGUAUAGGAAAUUAAUCAAAGUAUAGGGGUUAAGGGCAGUAGUUUAGCAUAUCAUCCCCGGCUGUUAUAUAUGCUCAUGCAUUGUGUUUUCGUGUGAAAAACGUCAAUAAAACAAGGAAGAAGAGAGUCAAAAUGAUGAAAUGGUUGCA